AUGACCAAGGGCGAGGUUCCGUUGAUCGGCAUCGACCUUGGGACGACCUACUCCGACGUCAGCGUGUGGCAGCAGGUCGAGAUCAUGGCAAACGACCAGAGCAACCGCAUACCACACCACGCCCUCCUACAUCGCCCGAACCAGCUCGCAAUGAACCCCACCAACACUGUCUCCGAAACGACGCCCAAUGCAUGCAUAAAACGAGGUAUCCCUUUCUAUCCAUCAUCCCUGGUUUACACAUUUGGUCUAGGAUUGGACUCGCCUACUCUGAACAAUUGUUUUCUGUUCUGA